GGCCUGGAUGUGGACUCCCUGGUGAUCGAGCACAUCCAGGUGAACAAGGCCCCCAAGAUGCGCCGACGCACCUACCGGGAGCGUGGCAGGAUCAACCCCUACAUGAGCUCCCCCUGCCACAUCGAGAUGAUCCUCACCGAGAAGGAGCAGAUCGUCCCCAAGCCCGAGGAGGAGGUUGCUCAGAAGAAAAAG